GCCACAGACAGAACCAACUUUGGUUUUAGUAUGGAGCCCCCGCAAUGAUUACGCCAUAUGUUUUUCCUAAAUCGUUUCGCCUCUCUUUCUUUUAUAGAGACCAUGUAAGGGACAUCGCCGUUUCUAGCGAUUUCCCCGUGAACGAUUACAGGUUUCACGGAUUUAUCGUAAUUUUUCGAGUACUUUAAUGUCGUUAUCACACGGUUAUCGUAACUGGCUACAGCGUGGGUUAUUAUGAGGAUGAAUAAACAGUUUAGUGUCAUAUAUUACUGGUGAUUUCUUAGUUUUCCGUCACAUUUUGGAUAUGAUUGACAAAGGUGAUGAUGAUAUUUCUUGACGCAAAGGAAACAGAAAAAUGAGAAAUGAGUGAGAUUUGUAGGUACACAUAAAUAUUACAUACUCUUUAGAGUGUUAUUAUCUAUGGAUUCUUACAUCGCGUUGAGAUGUUCCGUAGUGUUCCGUUUUAUAUGACUGUGCGAAAAAAGGAGUGUUAUAUUUUGAUGUUUAUAUAUAAAUGAGGAUUUUUAUAUAUAAAAUCAUUGGAAAUAUUCACCGUUGGUCUUCUGAUAUACUUAUGUAUAAAUAGUUUUGAAAAUAAAAUACGUAAUUUUCCCUGUAUUAUUUUGAAGCCAUAGUCGGCAAUUAUGCAAUCAAAUUAUUGUAUCCAUCUUGUUUCUGAUUUAAUAACGUCUAGCCUUUAAUUAUUAAGUGAUUCACAUUUCGUCUUUAUUCCCCCAUUUGUUUGGUAAGCCGCGGCGUCAAAUGACGAGAAUUUAUAUGUAUAACAUUUAUACUGAUACUAGCUGUUUACCCGCGACUUCGUCGGUGUAGAAUAGUUAGUCCUGACAGCAUAAUUAUAUUCUUUUGUGAUUAAUUUGUACCUAUACCCAUCCCAGAUUACUAAUUUUAGUGCCAAUAUUUUUGUGUUAUAGCCAAAUUAUCAUCUUUGGCCGUCUUUUCAACAUGAUUUUCAUUCAAAAUUUCACCCCCCAUAUAUUGGAGUUUGGGGGUUGAUUUAGAAAAAAAACGUAGCCUAUCUUUGAAAGGAGUUCUUUAACUAUAUGCAUACCAAAUUUUAUCAAAAUCGGUGCUGCGGUUUAGCCGUGAAAGCGCAAAGACAGAGAGACUUUCGCUUUUAUAAUAUUAGCUGACUUUUUUUAGCUGAAUUUUAUAAUAUUACUGAUGUUUUCUGCCAUUAUCAAGGACUUUACACUUUCAUGACCAUUAAAGGUUGCAAUCAAGUAAAAACUCGUUAUACGAUAACUCGAUACGAUAUCCUUUAAUAAGUCCGAGUUUAGGUAUGUGCCUGCAAGAAAUGUUUUUAAUUUGCCUAUGGUUUAUAUUAUUUGACUACGGUGUUCUCUGACUGAGUCAAAAAGCAUGACAUUAUUCAAGAUUUAUUCCGUAAGAAUAUAAAAGGUCCUUGAAUUUAUUAUACAAUGUUAUUCAUUGAAGGGAUGUGUUCUAGGGUCAACUAAUUUUCAUUGACCGAGUAAAAUGUAACCAAAACACUGUGGUCACUUCGUAAAAUUCAUGAAUAUAUUAGCGUUUCUCAUAAUUUUAUUCCAAGGCGCAGCAUCCCUAAAAGACAAACGCAUUAUAACCACAUUAAAAUACUCGAGUUUCCGAGUGAAACCUGUAGUGGUCGAAGGAAGACCUGUGAACAUCGAGGAUGUGCCAUAUCUAGUGUCAAUAAAAGAUAUAGGCAAAAAAAUCGAUGAGAAAAACUAUAAGUGGGUAAAUCUGUGUGGGGGGAGCAUUAUAAGCUUGUCGAUUGUGCUCACGGCGGCCCAUUGUUUCGAAGAACACCACUUUUACUACACUAGGAGGUUUGAUCUUCUUGGAGUUUCAGCUGGGUCUAUUUACACCAAUCUGAUACACGACGGGACUCCCGUCACGACUGCCGCUGGCCAAUGGAGGAUCAUACGACAGAUUAUUCUGCAUCCCGAUUUCUUGUUUCCAUUGAAUGACCUAGCUUUAGUUUCGGUCAAACCUGAUUGGUCAUUCACGAAUUACAUCAAACCCAUCCAUGUCUCGAAAAGGAAUACGGAAUAUCCGAGCGAGUGCUACAUUGCUGGCUAUGGUAGAAGGGGACAUGGGAGGACCAGUGCGAAAUCGGACGUGUUGCUUAAAGCGCCCAUACGCGUUUUUACUACAAUACAAUGUUCCGUUAUAUGGCAAAUGGAUAUGAGUACUUACAUUUGCACUGAUGCUUCAUUCGGAGACGUUAGUUCGGGAGAUUCUGGGGGUCCUUUGGUAUGCUUCGGGACGGCAGAAGCGGGGAACAAUCCCUUAUUGGUCGGCGUCGUUAGUGGCAAGAAUUAUGACAAAACGACGUUGUUUACCCGAGUGGCCGCGUACAAAUCUUGGAUAGAUAAAAUUGACAAUACCAAUGGCGGCAAAACGGAAGCCUGUUCAUUACUGCUAGUAAUUACAUCUCUGCUUUUAUAUCUUGCGUUUCAUUCACACCGUGCAAUUAGCUUUGGAAUUAAUUUAAAAUUUAAUAGCGCUCCACAAAGACUUGGUUUGUUCUAUGUAAAAUGACUUCUUUGAUCACUUGAUGCAGAUUAUUAUAGGGUAUUGUUAUUGAAAUUUCUGACGUCAUUAGUGGGGCACGAUUCUCACUUUAUCAGUUUUCUCCAUAUUUUUUUCUGAAGAGACAUUUACAAAAAAUCCCGUUUAAAAGUUCGAGCGCAGGCAUUAACGAUCGAUGUAAUUUUUUCGUUUGAAAAUUUGCUUCAUACCAUCCAUCG